AUGCGUUGCGCCACUCUCGCCGUUCUCUUCGCGGCGACCGCUCGCGCUGCCGUUGUCGACGCCCGGGCGACGACGACGUCCAUCAACGCCUCCUCCUCCGCCACGACGGACGGCGGUUGGGAGACGAGGUACACCGCAACGGGCGCCGCAGACGUUGCUGCCGCGGCCGCGACGGCCAAGACGAGCAGCCCGACGAGCAACGUCACUGGCAAGGCUUUCGACCGGUUUGUCAUAAUCUGGAACGAGAACACCGACUAUGAAAAGGCUCUCGGUGAUCCCAACUUGGCCUGGCUGGCCGAGAAGGGCAUCGUGCUGGACAACAACUUCGCCGUCACGCACCCCUCGCAGCCCAACUACUUCGCCUCGGUCUGCGGCGACUACCUGGGGAUGCAGAACGACAACUUCAACCGCGCGGACCGCAACGUGUCGACCGUCUUCGACCUCCUCGACACGCGGGGCAUCUCCUGGGGCGCCUACAUGGAGGACAUGCCCUACUCGGGCUUCGAGGGCAUGGCGUGGGUGAACCGGCAGAACGGCGCCAACGACUACGUGCGCAAGCACAACCCGCCGGUCCUCUUCGACAGCGUGGCGUCGUCGGAGCAGCGGCUGUCGCAGAUCAAGAACAUCUCCAUGACGCAGCCGGGGCGGUCCCAGUUCCACGCCGACCUCGCCGCCGACGCGCUGCCGCAGUGGAUCUGGAUCACGCCCAACAUGACGGACGACGGCCACGACACGUCCGUCACCGUCGCCGGCGGUUGGACGCGCCGCUUCCUCGAGCCCCUGCUCUCGGACGCCCGCUUCAUGCGCAACACGCUCGUGCUCGUCACCUUUGACGAGAGCGAGACGUACACGCGGCAGAACCGCAUCCUCGGCCUGCUGCUCGGCGACGCCGUGCCCAGCGCGCUCGUCAACACCACCGACGCCUCCUUCUACAACCACUACUCGGCGCUCGCCACCGUGCAGGCGAACUGGGACCUCCCGAGCCUCGGGCGGUGGGAUGUCGGCGCCAACGUGUACCGCUGGGUGGCUGAGAAGACGGGCAGCGUCGUCCGCCAGUGGAGCGCCGCGGCGACGGUGCCCGACCGCUUCUGGAACCAGUCGUACGCCGGCGUCUUCAACACCGACGCCCCCGCGCGCUACCCCAAGCCGAACCUGGCGCUGGGGAGCAACGCCGCCGGGAGGGGCGUCCUCGACUCGAUUAAGGAGAUCUGGAAGGACAGCACGGCGCCCACGUACUACGAAAACACCAUUCACGUCCCCGACGGGCUCAACCCCCCGAGCGGCUACGCGGCCUGA